AUGUCGGGGAACUACUCCAGUGCCACUGAAUUUUAUCUCGUUGGCUUCCCUGGCUCCCGCCAUCUACGCUAUAGCCUGUUUGCCACCUUCUUGUUCCUGUACUCAGUGUCGUUAAUGGGAAACUCUGUCAUCAUCACGAUUGUGUGUGUUGACAAGCGUCUGCAGUCCCCCAUGUACUUCUUCCUCAGCCACCUCUCUGUACUGGAGAUCCUGAUCACGUCCGUUAUUGUCCCUGUGAUGCUCUGGGGGCUGCUGCUCCCCGGGAUGCUGAGAAUAUCGCUGCGUGUCUGUGUCGUGCAGCUCUUCUUGAACCUCUCUCUGGGGACCUCAGAGUUUUCUUUACUGGGAGCGAUGGCUGUGGACCGCUACGUGGCUGUCUGUAACCCUCUGAAGUACAACAUCAUCAUGAACAGUCAAACCUGUAACUGGGUGGUGAUUGUGUCCUGGGUGUUUGGACUCCUUUCUCAAAUCUGGCCCAUCUACGCCACCUUCCAGUUCACCUACUGCAAAUCCAACGUGGUGAAUAAUUUUUUCUGCGACCGUGGACAAUUGCUCAAACUGUCUUGUGACAACACUCAGUUCACUGAGUUUGUCCUCUUCUUGAUGGCCAUUGUCAUCAUCGCUGGCUCUCUGAUCCCAACAGUCGUCUCCUACACCUACAUCAUCUCCACCAUCCUCAAGAUCCCCUCAGCCUCUGGCCGCAGGAAAGCCUUCUCCACCUGCGCCUCCCACUUCACCUUUGUCGUCAUUGGCUAUGGCAGCUGCUUCUUCCUCUACGUGAAGCCCAAGCAAACGCAGGCAUCUGACUACAACAGGGCCGUUUCCCUGUUGGUGACUGUGGUGACCCCCUUCCUCAACCCUUUCAUCUUCACCCUGCGGAAUGACAAAGUCAUAGAAGCCCUGCGGGAUGGGGUGAAACGCUGCUGCCACCUCAUCCACAAGAAGCCCUUCCCUAGGGCAGUUUUAUGA